UUCUCAAACUCAGACUCGGGUGCAAAAUAUGCGAUCACGACAUUCCUACUUAGAAUGCUUACAUGCAUGUAACCAUUCAGUUAUCAGGCAGGGUUCAAAGUUAAUAGUUGUGAUAAAAUUUACCCCAACCGACCGGUCAGUGUUUUGCAGUGAUAGGCUGACUGUGAAACCUUCCCCUCCCCUCCUGCUUUUGUCUUCCCAGAUAAAGUGAUCACUGAUCCUUCAUCACAAGCAACGAGGCGACAACAACCGACUCCCUCUUUUCUCCCCACCUCACCACCUUCAGUCUCUCACACUUCUCCAGUUCUUUCUCACUCUCUGACUGCCUAUCCCGCAAGCAUGCCUCCCACGCUGGCCACAGCGUUUGCCCGCCGCUGGUGGAUGGCGGUGACCGCUAUCGUUGAGAAUCUCCUCUUUUCUGCUGUACUUUUGGGAUGGGGAUCGCUCCUCAUCAUGCUCAAGUCAGAGGGCUUCUACUCAUACCUUUGCAGCUAUGAAGGUAACAGCUCCACUUACAAUUUGUCGCUGGAGACAACGCAAGCGCCUGACGAUUACGUUGACUACUAUGAAGACAGUGAGGGCGCUGUGGUUGGCCUCGGCGACGGGGUACAGAUGAAGCCCUUGGGUCCUGUCGACGGGCCUCUGAGGAUGAACGGCUGGCUGAUCUGUAAAGAGCAGGAUGAGAUGUUGAACCUGGCUUUUACCGUUGGCUCCUUCCUUCUCUCUGCCAUCACGCUACCUCUAGGAAUUGUCAUGGACAAAUACGGCCCUCGCAAACUCCGACUGCUGGGAAGCACAUGCUUUGGCUUGUCUUGUUUGCUCAUUGCAUAUGGAGCCUACCAACCAAAUGAACUCUCAGUCCUUAUCUUUAUCGCCCUGACUUUUAAUGGCUUCGGUGGCAUGUGCAUGACCUUUACCUCCCUUACGUUACCUAACAUGUUUGGGGACUUGCGUUCCACUUUUAUCGCCCUGAUGAUUGGAUCCUAUGCAUCCUCUGCAGUGACCUUCCCUGGUGUCAAGGUAAUCUAUGACUUUGGUGUACCAUUCAUCACCAUUCUGGUGGUGUGGGCAGCAUGUGCUGGAUUGGUCUUCUUGAACUGCUUCUUCAACUGGCCCCUGGAACCCUUCCCAGGACCAGAGGACAUGGACUACACUGUCAAGAUCAAGUUCAGCUGGCUCGGCUUCGACCACAAAAUCACAGGCAAACAGUUCUACCGCCAAGUGACCACAGUGGGUCGUCGACUCAGUGUGGGCAACAGCCUGGUGCAGAAAGAUUUGCCCACCAAGGAGGGCAAGCUCUGCCUCUCUACGAUGGACCUGGAAUUAGACGGAAAGCCCAAAGAGGAGUCCCCUUCAUUCCUGAAAACUAUCACCACCCCGAUUUUCCUGCUGAGCCUGGUGACCAUGUCUGUGACUCAGCUGCGUCUAUUGUUCUACAUGGGAGCCAUGAACAGCGUUCUUGAGGUGCUCAGUGAUGGUGAUCUCAACACAGUGGAAAGAAUGGAAGUUGUGAGUUUGUACUCAUCCAUCUUCGGCGUGCUUCAGCUGCUUUGCCUCAUGACCACACCUGUGAUUGGUCAGAUUAUGGACUGGAAGUUAAAGGACUGUGAUGAUGGCGAGGAAUCAAAGGACACCGGCAGCAAGAAUGAACCAAAGACAAAACGAAGAGACAGAAAGACCCAAAAGGUGACCAAUGCCCUGCGAGCGUUUGUCCUUACGAAUGUCCUUUUAGUGGGCUUCGGGGUCACUUGCCUGAUACCAAACCUUCCCCUCCAGAUUGUGUCAUUUAUCUUACACACUGUGGUGAGAGGAUUCAUUCACUCGGCCGUCGGUGGCCUUUAUGCUGCUGUGUAUCCAUCUUCACAGUUUGGCAGCCUAACAGGUAUGCAGUCACUAGUCAGUGCUGUAUUUGCUCUGCUGCAGCAACCUCUCUUCUUGGCUAUGAUGGGACCCCUAGAGGGAGAUCCAUUCUGGGUUAACAUUGGCCUGCUGGCUCUUAGCAUGUUGGGAUUCCUACUGCCCCUCUACCUGGUUUGCUACAGACAGAGUCUCCACAAAGAGCGGCAUGAAAAGGAGAAUAACGCCAAAAUAUACAUCAAAAUAAAUGGCUCCGACGUCCCAGAGGCUUUUGUCUAAUAAUGACAACACGAUGGAAGAACAGAGUGGUGCAGAGACACCAGCGUGCAAACCGAUAAAUGCUGUUUCGCUAUAUUAUUUUUGUCGGAUUUAUGUAUACUGCACAUACAGACAUAGCAAUAUUUAAACUGUGUGCUGUGGAAGUACACCGCACAACUGUGAAAAGGAUAAACGAAGCAGAAGGACUGUGAAAGGAGAGAGGCAUAAGCACUCUGCAUUCCCCCAAUCCUUAACUUCAUGUUGUUAUUAUCUUACAGUAUUCAGCAUUGUAAAAGCUUUGUUUUGUCCUGUGCAACUGCUUAAUUCAAUGCUUAAAUCCGAAAAAGGCGGCAUAUUGCAAGAAAAAGACUGUGAUGAAAAAUGUCGGGAUAUCAAAACUACAGUUCAGAAUUGUUGUUCAGCGUGACGUUUGGAUGUACAGUAAUUUCACAAUUGUUGCGGUCUUUGUUUUCGAUUAUUAUUUGUUAUUGAAGGAUUUGAUUUCACGCCCCUUCACCUGUUUUGUUUUGAUCUAAUGAUGUAAAGUCAGUAUGUGCUAUUGUGAAUGUCGUUCAUGUGUUCAUUUCUUGUGUUUCUGUGGUCAUUUUUUGACUCUUUUUCCACAUUUAAUUGGCUUACAUUGUUUUCAAGUAGGUACAGUAUUGUAUAUGUAUGUCAGGGCCUUUAAGGCUUGUUGUAUAAAUGACAUGCAAACUGCAUUAUUGGUAUUGCUAAAAGCAAAGUAACCAUUUGAAUAUUUAUUUUGUGACAUAAUUUUUUUUUUUUGCUUUAAGUUUAACAUAUGUGCCUUGAGUUUUAAUAAA